AUGAUAGGUCACGAGAAAGAGAUCCAUUAUCAAAAGGAAGUUGGUGACCUGGACUUCAAAUGGCUGCGCCAGUAUGGAACCGCUUGGCGUGUAAAGGGUUGCAUGGGGGAAGAUAUACUCAUGGUGGCUGAUCCCAAGGGUAUUCAGCACAUAUUGCAAGGCUCGGGUUAUAACUACUUAAAAAGCGCUGAGGAUAGGCAGCUGUUGAGGAUGGUCGCUGGGGAAGGGCUUGUGUGGGUCCACGGAGAGGAUCACCGUCGCCAUAGGAAGGUUAUGAAUCCCGCAUUCUCAGCGCCACAGCUCAAGGCCUUUCUUCCCUUAUUUCAUAAACGAGCCGCAAAGCUUGUACAGAGAUUGCAAGACGAGGCUUCGACUGGUGGAACAGACGGAUUUGUUAUCAACGUUGCAAGUUGGCUUUCACGAACGACGCUGGACGUGAUAGGAGAAGCCGGGUUUGGCUACGAAUUUGGAGCGCUCGACGACCAGAAAGGCGAAUUCAUAAGGAACUGGGAUGGCAUUUUUGUCGAUUCGACAUUGUAUCCGUCUAACCUGGACUUGAUGGCGAAAUCGUGGUUUAAUGCCAUCCCAGUAAAUAUCUUAUAUUACGUCCGCCACCUCCCCAUCCGUGAGUAUCGCAGAGGCCGUCGAUGGUUGGACUUUGCGAGGGCGAUGGCAGGAGAUAUCGUCCGCAAGAGUGAGGCUCGGGCCGAUGGGAAGGAUGUUAUGAGUGUCCUUUUGCGAGCCAACGCUUCCGGAAAUCCGAAAACCAAGCUCUCAGGAAACGAAGUCCUUGAUCAGAUAUCGACCCUCAUGCUGGCUGGAACCGAUACGACUGCGAUGUCCGCCUCAUGGGUCCUUUGGGAGCUCUCGAAAGACCCCUCAUAUCAAAGCAAGAUUCGGGACGAGAUCAAGGCAACUCGAGUACAAGUGACCGCACGUGGGGAUGCAGAUUUCUCGAUGACAGACCUUGAAGGCUUGACACUGUUGCAGGCGGCAAUGAAGGAAGGUAUGCGUUUGCAUACGAUUUCGUGGCACCUACUCCGAUUGGCUAGCAAAGACGAUAUUAUUCCACUUUCCAAUCCGGUUGUGACGCAAUCAGGAGAGCAGGUUACAGCUAUUCCUGUUAGCAAGGGAGCUAAAAUCAGGAUUUCCGUGUGCGCAUAUAAUAGGCUGCCUUCCGUUUGGGGAGAGGAUGCCGAUCGUUGGAAUCCCAACCGCUGGAUAGGCAUGGACAGCUCAAAGCAAACCACUGUAGGCGUAUACGCAAACUUAUUGAAUUUUUCCGCUGGUGUUCGUGCAUGCAUCGGUUGGAGAUUUUCCGUCAUCGAGCUGCAGUCAAUUUUAGUAAACCUUCUAGAGAAUUUUGAGUUUAGCUUGCCGUCCGACGCUACCCAGAACCCCGUUCUGAGGAGACCUAGCAUGGCCAUGACUCCGAUGGCAGAAGGACACGAGGGCGCCUGGAUGGGUUUGCAUGUCAAGACCUUGGCAUGAGUGCCCAGCGAUAUGUACGACCGCAUGAGCCUUUCAUCAUAAAUCUCAGGUGAAGGCAGUAUAUAUAGUGCAUUGAAGCAUUUCAUCCAUAUCUUCUUCUAUCUCUGUACUUCGUCAAGCGCUUAUGAUGCUCUCAUGCAAUUUUGUCACUGUAUUUCAGUCACUAUCGUAUCGCAUCUGACUCUCUGAUUAUCUAUUC